AUGACGAACAGGGUGCUGUUGGCCAUUGCCGGGCUCUGGUGGGGAGGAAAAGAAAGCUACACAUUGCAUGCCAGCGAUUGCAUAACUGCUCGAUCCGAGCAACUCGAUAGCUGGACCCCCUCCUCUGAUAACAAACUCGAACCACGCAACAGACCGCCAGGGGUUUUCAACACGUGGCUCCGCUAUGCAGAGAACUCGAUCCGAGUUUUUGGUGCGUGCUAUGGUGUUGAACAUGUGCAAGAACGAGUAGCUUGCCUCCAGGCCUUGAAGGAAGCCCAUGAGGAGGACGAGCACGCCUUCCCAGCCAGUUAUUGCAUCGAAUUGUUUGAAGAGUUGGUGGCUGCUUGGUGCGAAGAGCUCCGAGAAAGUAGGAGAAAGCUUUGCGCUGCUUUAGGCACGGAAAACCCAAGACUGGAAGACCUAAAGCUUUAUGCCCUGGCCCCGGGAAAGGAUGGCACUGCUAACUUCCAAUUCCCAAGAAUCUGGGAUUUGUCAGACCCAGAAGGCUACUACCAGUCGGUGGUUGUCCCUCGCCAACAAAGGCAGAUGUCCAGGUUGCUCCACAAGCAGCUUCACGACCACAAUCUGAAGCAAAAGAAGACUGCAGGCAUGUCAGACCUUCCCGACGAGAACGCUGACAAAUCGGGCAAGGCUCCGAAGCUCAACUUGAAGGAAGAGGAAGCAGGUGGAGCGGCCCUGGUCGGAAAGGGCGCAUACCCUGCGGGAAAGAGAUUGACUCCAGCUGAAGCUUCUCGUUCCAUUGAGCAUGCCCCUAAGGACCCGAAAACAAGCAAACCCAUCUGUUGGGAUGCAGCCACGCAUAUGGGGUGCCCCAAAGGGGCUAAGUGCCAGCACGCCCAUGAGCCUUUGCCAGGUCUGGCCAAAUUGGAUUACAGUGUAGCAAUGCAAGUCAUCCGACGGGGAGGCUUGAAGGGCGGUCCCAAGAUUGACCCGAAGGAGGUUGACGGCCGGAUUGCACAACUUCGAGCCCAAGCAGCAGCCGAAAAAUUGGAAAAAAUGCAACAGCCCAAGGCCAAAGCGCAAGCCAAGCCCAAGGGAAAAACAAAGGCAAGCCGGCAAUCCGGCUCUGAGCCAGGCGAAGAGGACAAGGCCGGCGAUACGCAAUGGGCAGUUCCUGCCGACUACCAAGUUCCUUUGACGCGUAUGGAAGAUGACCUGCAAGAGGCAGUAAAAGGCCCUGAUCUUUCGUGGCUUGAACUGCCGCCGCAGGAGUGUGAAGAGGAGGGCUCCCCUCCAGAUAGCGAGCUGUCUACACAGGAGUUGGACCGGAUGCAGCGUUGGCAGAAGUUGCUCGCAAACGGGCUUUUUGCCCAACUCCACGAUCCAUCAGAUUACUUGCAAUCUCAUGUGGUUGCCAGGAUUCUUGCGGCCGAAGAUGUUGGUGAGAGACUGGAUUUGAUUGCCUGCCUUGAAACAGCUGCGGAGCAUGGUCAUCCGGCGCUAGCAGAGGAAGCAUGUCGCCAUUUGGAAGCGUUGAAGUACGAGCCAAAGGCCGGGCAUCGUGCAGAUGCAGAAUUCACACCGCCCUCUUGGAGUGAAGGCGUUGGCGUCGGUGAGCUCCGUCUGGAUGCAGAGCUCGGAAUUCCUCCAAUUCCUUACGUUGACUACCAGGACAAACUCUCAGUAGUGGAGACUGGCGUUCCCACUGGGGACGGUCAGGAGUUUGAAGAGCGGCAAUGCCUUCCCUUGCAUGUGGGUAUUGGUCUGGCAAAAGCUUUUGACCCGACAGUCAGCGAGGAAAAAGCCAGAAAGUCUGCAGCUCAACUACGGCACACUUUGUGGGAAGAGGCAGCGUCUGCACAUGCACACCUGGGUGAUCCACCCGCUUGGAUAACAGAGACUGAGCAUUUCCUGAGGCAGAACGUCCACGAUUGUGUUUACCCACACCACGAAAAGGAUUACAGGACAUUGCUGUCGCUCGCUGGAGACAGCCUGCGGGGCACAACUUUGGUGGUAGUUCGGCUUUCCUAUUUUGGGCGACUGGAAGCAGACCUCCUCCAUGGAAGUGGUGAGGACUCCGAGCGGUUGGUGAUUGUCACCAUUCACCGAAGCCAUAUGCGGCUACUCCAGCCCCGCGACCCUCAUGCCUUCCUGUCCAAGCUCCGGGAGCGAAGCAAGAUCACACGUCGAAGAUAUUCUGCACCUGCACCAGGUGCGCGCAGCAACAGAAACGCCCCUAUCGUGUUGGUCAAUCAACACCAAAGCCACCUGCCUCCUUGGGAGAUUGCUUCCACACUCAUCCUGCACUGCCUGCCCCUUCCCUCCAACACCGGCUGUCCUUUGCUUAUGGACCACUCGGGCAAGAAGUUUCCAUGGGCGGAGGUGGGUGGACACAGGGCCUCACCUACCAAGGCAUCCCUUGUGCCAUGCAAGUCGCGGAGCACAGUGUCCAGCGGGACCCGCACGUGGGAGAAGGUGGAAGGGGACGGUUCCCGUCCAUUGGAAGUGGAAGACAAUGCCGGUGUUGCAUUCCUUGCCGACCUCUGCCAUGUUCUGGAAGCCAAUGGUCGCCUGUUUUGCAUUGAAGGUGAUUCUCCGACUGGUCGGUACCCGACGCUUUGGGAUUUGCCUUGCAUGCAACAGCUUCGCAGCCAAACGGGAGCCCGCAUCAUCCCUUUCACCACAGGAGCUAUACCCCUGGGCACUGUUGAUGUUGGCUCGAGCGGGCUCCUCGCAGCUAGCUCCCUGCCCAACGUCUUUGCACUCCGCGGCUCGCCGCUAUGCUCCAGCAGUGUGUGUGCUGCGUGGGGCCUCGUGGUCAAAGCAGCCUACGAAGACUGGGAUUGGCAAACCUACAUUGCUGAACGUCACUCCUUGCGUGCCUUGGCGCACGUUUGGGCCGAUCUCCCACCCGCCGCCCCUGCCUGCGCAACCUGUGAUGCGGGGGGGGACGGUUCAACGGGGGGGGGCGGUUCAAAUUCAAGUUCAGACUUUGAUCCCAUUUGCAAGCAGGAGCCGAAGGCUGGAAGAGAGUUAAAUAUCCGGUUUGGGGGACAAGAGCCAAAUACCCGGUUUGGACCCAGCGACGGUAGCCACACGGUAAGAGCUGGAGCUGCCACGGAUCCUGAGCAAUUGGCCCAGACCUAUUUGGAUGUGUGCCAAGAGCCAUACUCUGAAGAAGUUGUGAAGAGAGCUGCGCAUGCUGCUUGCUAUGAGGUCCGUGCCGGAGGCUACGAGCAAGAAAUGCUGGAAAAGGCAUGGAAGGAUGCAUCCUAUGGGGCCGUGCUUUUGUGCUCGAACGAAACUCCUGAUGCUGCAGAAAAUGAGGCCAUUGAAGAAGUCUUAGUCCGCAUGAAAGCUGAAGCUGCUGCUAUCAUUGGUUCCAAUGAGCCAGUGAACUUGAAGAUGGUGCUGCUGAACCAGCUUUGGUUGAAGCAUGGCCUUGCAUCCCACCAAGUUGUCCCUCCUGGCAAACUCCUGGUGCAUCCUAGUAACCGCGGUGGAGCAAUGCUCAAUGGGCAUGAUGUUUUAGCAAAGGGUGAAAAAUUGAUGAGCCAGGGGUUCAGACAGGAUCUCUUGGAAAGUUCUUCAGUGGCUUUUGGCCUGUCUAGCAAGAUGGCCAAAAGGCAAGAGCAAAUUGAAGCCAACAGGGUGCUGGUGGAGCAAUUUCCUCAGGUUCUGGCACCUGUCCAAGGAGAUGAACUGUACUUGACAGUUGGAGCUUCACACAGCACCAGUUUUUUGAAGGCAAAAGCCAUGUGUGGAGUUUCGAAUGAAUCUUUGAAAGGCAUUUUGGAGAAUGGCUGGAAAUGGUUGAUCUUGUCUGAAUGCUUGGAAGAAAAUUUCCCUACACUGCCCUUGCUGUACUCUGCUGCAUUGAACAGCAGCAACAGUGCACAAGUGGCUGCCACUGAGUUGGAAUGCUUGGCCACCAUCAGUAAAUAUAUCCAGUUGGGAAAGACAUUGGAAGCUGCUGUGGCCCAGACUGCCAUGGGUGAGCCUCAAUGCAAAGACUAUUUGGAUGAAAUAGCACACUUUGCUAAAUUGUACACUGGGGGAGAGCAGAUGCCCCUGGCAACCUUUCUGGUUGCUUUUAGCAAACAAUUUGGAGAAAGCGCUUUGCUGGGUGAAGAGUUCAUGAAGCUGUUGACUCACUAUGACUUCAAGGUCAGUGGCAAUUUAUUGCCAUGCUUCAGGGUGGCUGUGCUUGCUGCUCAGUUGACAUCCAGCAAGAUUGUGGACAAGAUCAGCAAGCUGUUGGUGAAGAGUGAUUUUGAUCGCUUGAAAACAAAAUGCAAAGCUGAGCUCCAAGAUGCAGAGAAAUUGCUAGCAAACAGUUGGUCUUUAGUGGAAAAGGCCAAACACUUGGAAGAGCUGAAGAGGCUGCAUGUUUUUGGUCGUCUUUGUAUCAGAGUGGUGCUUUUCAUUUGCCAGAAACAAAAAAUGGGCAGGGAGAGCAAGACCUGGAAAUCUUUGGAAGACAUCAGAGACCAAUUUGCUUCUGAAAUGCUUUGCCCUCCUGACAUCUCCAGUCAAGACAGUGGUGAUGCACCAAGUCCUGGUGCAGCAGGAAGCCAGGAAGCUUUCCAAGACUUGUUGCAGCCUGAUCCUGUUGCAGUGGCAUUGCUGCAGAACCAACAUCUGGAGAUUGGGAGCAAUUACCAGAAUCCCAAGGUGGGCAGCACCAUUUAUCAGCUCAUGGAAGUGACCCUUGCUGGAGCUAAGUUUGAACAUGUACCACUGGUUGGGGCUGCUGAUACCUUGGUGGUGCCUUUGGGAGAUCAAUUGAAAGAUUGGAGAAAAAGCAAGAAGACUAUGCAAAUUCUAUUGGCUGAUGACAUUGCGGAAAAGCAGCUGGUGUACAAGCACACUGGUAUCCAAGAAAGCAUCCAAUUGCAUUCAACCCAGAUGCAAUUGCACAAGGCUUUCAUGACUGGCCCUGUAAAUGCCAAAGCAAUUGGCUUUGUGGCAAAUCCAGUGGGAGUCUGUGCCCUGCAGCAUUUUGCUGCUGGAUCUUUGGUUCUCAAACCUUAUGGAUCCUUGUUCCAUGUCAAGGACCAGGACAAAGACAAGGUGAAAGUCAUGGUGGGAAAAUUUGGAGUGAAUGCCCCCAAGAUGAUCUCUGAAUUUGACAAGGUGGAUGACAAAACUGUACUUGUACCAUUUUGGUAUGUGAAGCCCACCAUGGAUGAGGAGUUGGUCAACAUGCAAUUGGAAAAGAAACAAUGUGGCAGCUUGGAGCUGCCUUGCUAUGUGAAUACCAAAGAUUUGGAGCCAGGAGAUUUGCUGUUGUGUGAGUCAGAGAUGUUGGCCAAGAAAAGAAAAAAGAAGGAAGGAGAGUCAGGUGCCACUGCUGGAGCAGCUGCCAAAAGUAGCAGUGGCAAAAAAGCCAAGAGAUGA